AUGUUUAAUGAUACAGGAAAAGAAACGGGUCCGGAUCUUUAUGAAUCGAAGGAGGAGAAAGGAGGGCUCGUUCAGCCUGUAAACGGGACUUCCGCCCUGUUCCUGCAGGCUGAGCUGGAGCUGAACGCCCAUCUCCGCCGGCUCUCCUUCACCGAACCGGUCCGGUACGUUUACAACCCGCUGGAGUACGCCUGGGACACCCACCGCUGCUACGUGGAGACGUACUGUCAGCCCGGACAAAGCGUCUUGUUUCUGGGGAUGAAUCCCGGCCCUUUCGGCAUGGCGCAGACCGGGGUCCCGUUCGGUGAGGUGAGGUCCGUCUUGGACUGGCUCAAGAUCUCCGGUGAGGUUGGCCGUCCUGAUAACGAGCACCCAAAACGACGGAUCUUGGGUCUGAGCUGCACUCAGAGUGAAGUGAGCGGUGCGCGGUUUUGGGGUUUCUUCAGAAAACUGUGUGGCGAGCCGGCACGGUUCUUUCAGCACUGCUUCGUGCACAAUCUGUGCCCACUGAUCUUUAUGAGUGCCAGUGGGAAGAAUCUGACUCCCCCUGAGCUGCCUGCAGCCGAGCGAGAAGCCCUGCUCUCCCUGUGUGACUCCGCGCUGUGCCAAGUCGUGCGGGCGCUGCACGUCUCCAUGGUGAUCGGCGUUGGAAGGGUGGCGGAGCAGCGAGCUCGACGGGCGCUGUCCGCUGCAGGCGUCGGUGUGCGAGUCGAGGGCGUUAUGCAUCCAUCACCCAGGAACCCACAGGCCAAUAAGGGUUGGGAGGACGUGGCUAAAGCUAAGUUGGCAGAACUUGGAGUCCUCUCACUGCUGAGUACCAGCUAACGCCCCUCCUCUGACACUAAUCCAUACCAAACGCUCAGAGUGUCAAACACACUGAAUACAGCACC